GCAGUGGCGCUGCGGGACUCAGACGGAGACAAGAUGGCGGCGUUGCGCGCGAUCCGGGGGAUGGUGAACGGGGCCGUGUCCGAGCUGUCCGGGGGCAACAGCGGCGCGGCCGCCGCGCGGGAGCAGGCGGCGGCGGCCAACCGGGACUUCAUCUCCCAGCCCCGACUGACAUAUAAAACUGUAUCAGGAGUUAAUGGUCCACUGGUAAUCUUGGAUCAAGUUAAGUUUCCUAGGUAUGCAGAGAUUGUCCACUUGACACUUCCUGAUGGCACAAAGAGAAGUGGGCAGGUUUUAGAAGUCAGCGGCUCUAAAGCUGUAGUUCAGGUAUUUGAGGGAACUUCGGGUAUUGACGCUAAGAAAACAUCUUGUGAAUUUACAGGGGAUAUUCUCCGAACCCCAGUAUCUGAGGAUAUGCUUGGUCGUGUAUUUAAUGGAUCAGGAAAACCUAUUGACAGAGGUCCCAUUGUCUUGGCUGAAGAUUACCUGGAUAUUAUGGGUCAACCAAUCAAUCCUCAGUGUCGAAUCUACCCAGAAGAGAUGAUUCAAACUGGCAUUUCUGCAAUAGAUGGCAUGAACAGCAUUGCCAGAGGACAGAAAAUUCCCAUAUUCUCUGCUGCUGGUUUGCCCCAUAAUGAGAUUGCGGCUCAGAUAUGUCGCCAGGCUGGUUUAGUGAAGAAAUCCAAAGAUGUGAUGGACUACAGUGAAGAGAACUUCGCCAUUGUGUUUGCUGCUAUGGGUGUGAACAUGGAAACAGCUCGAUUCUUCAAAACCGACUUUGAGGAAAAUGGCUCUAUGGACAACGUGUGUCUGUUCUUGAACUUGGCCAAUGACCCAACCAUUGAGCGUAUUAUCACCCCUCGACUUGCUCUAACCACUGCUGAGUUCUUGGCCUAUCAGUGUGAGAAGCAUGUUCUGGUCAUUCUGACGGAUAUGAGCUCCUAUGCUGAAGCUCUACGAGAGGUUUCAGCAGCUAGAGAGGAAGUGCCUGGCCGACGUGGCUUCCCUGGUUACAUGUACACCGACUUGGCCACUAUAUAUGAGCGAGCUGGGCGCGUGGAAGGCAGGAAUGGCUCCAUUACUCAGAUUCCUAUUCUUACUAUGCCCAAUGAUGAUAUUACUCAUCCCAUCCCUGACUUGACUGGAUAUAUUACCGAGGGGCAGAUCUACGUGGAUAGGCAGCUGCACAACAGACAGAUUUACCCACCUAUUAACGUGUUACCCUCCUUGUCUCGACUGAUGAAGUCUGCUAUUGGAGAGGGUAUGACCAGGAAGGACCAUUCAGAUGUGUCCAACCAGCUGUAUGCCUGCUAUGCUAUUGGAAAGGAUGUGCAAGCUAUGAAGGCUGUAGUUGGUGAGGAAGCGCUUAGCUCAGAUGAUCUUCUUUAUCUGGAGUUUCUGCAGAAGUUUGAAAGAAAUUUCAUAGCUCAGGGUCCUUAUGAAAACCGCACUGUUUACGAGACCCUGGACAUUGGCUGGCAGCUUCUGCGAAUCUUCCCCAAAGAGAUGCUAAAGAGAAUUCCUCAGAGCACCCUGGCAGAGUUCUAUCCUCGAGACUCCACUGCGAAGCACUAGCCACAGCUUCAUCUGUAGCUCUGUAUUCUGUGAAAGGCUGUUUGUUUUCCUUUUUCAUGUGUUGGUGUUUACUGGUCACUCCUGUAAUUAAAACCAAGAUGAAGUGA